UCGCCAUGCCGGUCAAAGGAGGCACCAAGUGCAUCAAAUACCUGCUCUUCGGCUUUAACUUCGUCUUCUGGCUUACCGGGAUUGCAGUCCUUUCCAUUGGACUAUGGCUCCGAUUCGACUCUCAGACCAAGAGCAUCUUCGAGCAAGAAAACACUCAUUCCAGCUUCUACACAGGAGUUUAUAUUCUGAUUGGAGCCGGUGCCCUCAUGAUGCUGGUGGGUUUCCUGGGCUGCUGUGGGGCUGUGCAAGAGUCCCAGUGCAUGCUGGGAUUGUUCUUUGUCUUCCUCUUGGUGAUAUUUGCCCUUGAAAUAGCUGCAGCCAUCUGGGGAUAUUCGCACAAAGAUGAGGUGAUUAAGGAGCUCCAGGAAUUUUACAGGGACACCUACUCCAAGCUGAAGUCCAAGGACGAGCCCCAGCGGGAAACACUGAAAGCCAUUCACUAUGCGUUGAAUUGCUGUGGCGUGGCUGGGGGAAUAGAGCAGUUCAUCUCGGACAUCUGCCCCAAAAAGGAUCUAACCGCAGUCAUUGAAGUGAAGCCCUGCCCUGAGGCCAUCAAAGAGGUCUUCCACAACAAGUUCCACAUCAUCGGAGCUGUGGGCAUCGGGAUUGCCGUGGUGAUGGUGUUUGGCAUGAUCUUCAGUUUAGUCCUGUGCUGUACUAUCCGCAGGAACCGAGAGAUGGUCUAGAGUCAGCUUGCACUCCUGAGCAGGAAAGCUCACCCCUGAAGCUUGUUGGUUACUUCCCUGGGGUCUUAUUUUUGUUGUUUUGUUGUUGUUUUUCCUUUUUGACACUAACUUUUAGUAUUCAUUCUGCAUUUCUAAACAAAGAAAAAGUUAUUCUGUGUGUAUCUUUUUAAUGCUUUAUUCAAUAUUCAUAGUUGAGAGAUUGAGGGAUUUGGUUUGCUUUUGGUUUAUAAUUUUUGGUUGUUUGUUUUUGCUUAUUAUGGUAGGCAGAAAUCCUGCAAUGAAAGGUACUAUAUUUGCUAGACUCUAGACAAAAGAUAUUGUACAUAAAGAGAAUUUUUUUUGUCUUUAAAUAGAUUUUUAAAAGUGUCUAUCAAACUUAAUCAGAUUGUAACUUAUGUUGAAGACAAUUUGAUACAUAAUAAAAGAUUAUGACAAUAUCCUGGA